UCGCCACAAAGUUUAAAUAUCCAGUUACCUCAGGCUGGAGUUGCUGCUAAGGCUCCUUAUGUAAGUAUUAUACAUUCUUUGUUUUCAUGUUCUACAUUAAUCUUAUGCCCCACGAAAAGAUUUAAUGACAAACAUGGGAAACAUGGCUAAGGAAUAAUGUUUCCUGGUUUGUCCACCUUUGGGAAACAUGGCUAGGAAGGAAACAACGUUUCCUGGUCUGCCCACCUUUGGGAAACAUGGCUAGGAAACAAUGUUUCCUGGUCUGCCCACCUUUGGGAAACAAUGCUUCCUGGUUUGCCCACCUUCGAGAAACAUGGCUAGGAAGUAAUGUUUCCUAGUUUUCCAACCUUUGGGAAACAUGGCUAGUAUAGGUAAUGUUUCCUGGUUUGCCCACCUUUGGGAAACAUGGUUAGGAAACAAUGCUUCCUGGUUUGCCCACCUUCAGGAAACAUGGCUAGGAAACAAUAUUUCCUGGUUUUCCCACCUUCGGGAAACAUGGCUAGGAAACAAUGUUUCCUGGUCUGCCCACCUUUGGGAAACAAUGCUUCCUGGUUUGCCCACCUUCGAGAAACAUGGCUAGGAAGUAAUGUUUCCUAGUUUUCCAACCUUUGGGAAACAUGGCUAGUAUAGGUAAUGUUUCCUGGUUUGCCCACCUUUGGGAAACAUGGUUAGGAAACAAUGCUUCCUGGUUUGCCCACCUUCAGGAAACAUGGCUAGGAAACAAUAUUUCCUGGUUUUCCCACCUUCGGGAAACAUGGCUAGGAAACAAUGUUUCCUGGUCUGCCCACCUUUGGGAAACAAUGCUUCCUGGUUUGCCCACCUUCGAGAAACAUGGCUAGGAAGUAAUGUUUCCUAGUUUUCCAACCUUUGGGAAACAUGGCUAGUAUAGGUAAUGUUUCCUGGUUUGCCCACCUUUGGGAAACAUGGUUAGGAAACAAUGCUUCCUGGUUUGCCCACCUUCAGGAAACAUGGCUAGGAAACAAUAUUUCCUGGUUUUCCCACCUUCGGGAAACAUGGCUAGGAAACAAUGUUUCCUGGUCUGCCCACCUUUGGGAAACAAUGCUUCCUGGUUUGCCCACCUUCGAGAAACAUGGCUAGGAAGUAAUGUUUCCUAGUUUUCCAACCUUUGGGAAACAUGGCUAGGAGGUAAUGUUUCCUGGUUUGCCCACCUUUGGGAAACAUGGUUAGGAAACAAUGCUUCCUGGUUUGCCCACCUUCAGGAAACAUGGCUAGGAAACAAUGUUUCCAGGUUUGCCCACCUUCGGGAAACAUGGCUAGGAAACAAUGUUUCCUGGUUUGCCUGCCUUCGAGAAACAUAGCUAGGAAGUAAUAUGUUUCCUGGUUUGCCUGCCUUCGACAAACAUUGCUAGGAAGUAACGUUUCCUGGUUUGCCCACCUUGGGAGACAUGGCAAAGGAACAAUGUUUCCUGGUUUGCUCACCUUCAGGAAGCGUGAUUAAGGUAAUGUUUGCUGGUUUGGCCACCUUUGGGAAACAUGGUUUGAAACAAUGUUUUCUGGUUUGCUCGCCUUCGGGAAACAUGACUAGCAAACAAUGUUUCCUGGUUUGCCCACCUUCGAGAAACAUGGCUAGGAACAAUGUUCCCUGGUUUGACCACCUUUGGGAAACAUGGCUAGGAAACAAUGUUUCCUGGUUUAGCCACAUUCGUGAACCUUCAGUAAACAUGGCUAGGAGGUAAUGUUUCCUUGUUUGGCCACCUUCGGGAAACAUGGUCAGGAAACAACAAUAUUUUCUUGUCUCCAUAGAGCCGUGCAGUACUUUAUACUUGUAGCCGUGUAGUACUUUAUACCGUGCAGUACAAUAUUCUUGUAUUGUUCUCCUAUAGCUCUAUCUUAUUGCGUUAAAUGAACCAAUGUCAGGAAAAAUGGGUGGUAUCAGCGGUAUAGAUCAUAAAUGUUGGAAACAGUCCAGACAAGCCGGUCUUCGCGGGACGUAUCGCGCAUUCCUCUCAUCGUAUGCCCAAGCUAUUAAAUCUAUUGUGAGAAGACGAGAUAGAGACUUGCCUGUCGCUAACCGCAAC